AUGAGCAGCACCAGUGAAUAUGAGCCGGACAUUGACGAUGGCGACCCCGAGUCCGACUUCGACGAGCCAUCCGAGGCACCCUCUUCGCCCGCGCUCGAUGCGCUGACGAUAUCCUCCUCCCCCGACGAUCCAGAUUCAGACAUCACACAUCCCCGACUUGCAUGGCUGUGGUCGCAGCUUCGGCAGCUUCCUCCCGUCGCCCUCGAGGAGUAUAAGGCGCUCCUCAGCGAAAGCGAAAACGGCACUCAAUAUGUAGACAACGAGGAGCCGCACUUGGUGACGCAGAACGGGGCUGUACUAUGGACACCUACGGAGAAAGAAGCCCUUUUUAAUGCCCUCGACCGACAGGGCAAGAACGGAAUCCCGGAAAUCGCGGCGGCGAUCGGUACCAAGUCCGAGCUCGAGGUUAUGGAUCAUCUACGACUUUUGCACCGCAGUUUAGAGGUCGAGCACCUGUUCAAGAGUCAUAUCCGACCGGUGGCCAUGGCAGAUAUCCCCGCCGCCGAGGAAGUCAGCGUGGAAUGUGGUGCUGUACUGGAUCAGUUUGCGGAGGUCCUUGUCGCCGAUGAGGAGCACAAGGCGGCGAUCGAGCGCAAGCGAGAACACGGCCUGAACUGGGUCAUCACGGAGACACGCGCUCAGAAGAUUAAGGAUGGGGAGAACCAAGAUACCCCGCGUGAGGGUGUCUCUCUUGCAUCAGAUCUGCUCAACGUCCCCAUCAUGGUCCAACUGUCGCGCCGUGUUUUUAUGAAUCUUGGUGGAUCAAGAUCAGAGGACAACUGGACGAAUCUGGUGAUGUCGGAAGAUGAGGAGCCAUCUAUGACCGCGGAUGCACUCCAAGAGUUCUACGCUUUGGUGAUCAGCAUCACACGUCGCCUGAUCCAGUCCUCGAUCUUUUUCGCCAUGUCCCGCCUGCGCACUGUACAGCGGCGCGGGAAACAGAGAACGAGCGCCGUGCGCAAACGGGAUGUGCGGACUGCAUUGGACGUAUUAAACAUGAAGCGCGAUAGAUCCGAUUUCUGGAUCAAGCUUGCACGCCGGAAUCAUCUCGAAGUGGCCGACAUGAAAAACCAAAAGGGCUGGGUUCCCCGAGUGUUCAGCUACGACGAGAUCGAAAAAAUCCUAUCCGGAGAUGACGACUAUUUCAAACUCGUUUCUGAAACAGGGGUAUUACCAGACGAUCAGCCGGCGGAGCCAGCAGAGGAAGAGGAAGAAGAAGAAGACGUCGGAAGUCCACCAUCUCGAGCCUCUUCCGAACUAUCCUCCCCGCUGUCUGAAUCAGAGUUGUCCCUCCUGGACCCUGAGGACGAACACGCAGACAUUCUAGACAGAGAACGCAGUCGUCGCGGGGAAUUAAGGCUCUGGAACAAACUCGAGCAGCCAGCACCAUCUUUCCUCGAUGAACCAAUCAAAGAAGAAGACGACGAGAACGACCCAGAAAAGAAUAAAGAGGUCGUUCGCAAACCCCACGGAGAACGCAAGACGAAACAAGACCUGGUCGACUGGCGCGACCACACCCUUUACCGCAGCGAGUGGGAGGAUUACGGCUACGGCAUGGAAGAUCUGGAGGAAGAGCUGGCCGAGAAUCGGCGCAAGAGGCGCCGUCUUGAUGAUUCCCCCGCGGAAUCACCCCGUGAGCAUUUGCGCCACCGGUCUCCUCGCAGUGUUGAUAUUGAGAGCGAUCAAGACGUUGAAGACCAUGAAGUCCAGGAUUAUGAACUGGGAGAUCACUAUGUCGUGGAUCAUGAUGUGGAAGACAAUGCAGCCGAGGAUUAA